AUGGUAACAAAAAAAUCUGUGACAGUGGAUAUGGUUGUGAGAAAGACGGUCGGCUUGGACAUUGAUUUUGUCAGUAGCUCGGCAGCCACGGAUUCACUUCUCAAUCGUUCAAUUAUGAAUGAAGCCGAGAAAACGGAACUUAUCUGUCCAAACAGUAGUGACCCAUUAAAUGCACUCGUGCCCGAAACGACUGUCACCGGAUGUUCGUUCUCAGGUCCAUAUAUACUCGUAUAUAAGUAA